AUGUUCGGCGGUGAAUUCUAUGACGGUCGGAGGGUGAAUGUAUUUUCGGACCUUCUAAUUUUUCAAUGUAAGGACAACCAGUGGUUUAGGUUGGAAUCUCCUAACUGCCCGCCGCCACGAUCCGGUCACCAGUCGGUGUAUGUGAAAUCAACUUCCACUCCUGCUAGCUUGUGGAUAUUUGGAGGGGAGUUCGCUUCUCCAUCUCAGACUAGAUUUUACCAUUACAGCGAUUUGUGGUGUCUUAAUCUACGUUCUCGAAAGUGGGAGCAAAUAAACGCAGCUGGACCGUGUGCAAGAAGCGGACAUCGUAUGCUCACUUGGAAAACUUAUCUUAUACUGUUUGGUGGGUUUAGUGAUAGUGGAAGCAAAACAACGUAUUUUGACGAUGUUUGGCAGUUUGAUUUAAUCAAUUUACAAUGGACUCGUCUUACACUGACUGGUAAUGUGCCUUCUCCCCGCUCUGCUGCUUUGUUCUUUACUGGGACUGAUCAAAGGCAUUUGUUCAUCGUCGGUGGUUACAGUAAAUCUUAUGUUACUCGUGAUCUUGAAAAGGGUAUUGUCUAUUCUGAUGUAGUUAGACUUACAUUUGAAAAAAAUGCUCCCGUAUUAUGCUCUUCUAUGCGUGCUUCUGGCGUCCGCCCUAAACCUCCUCGCAUCUCUAUGAGCGGCGUUCAUGUCGGUGGGAAUCGUGCCUUAUUGUUUGGUGGCGUACAUGAUGUUGAAAGCGAAGAUGGAGAAAAAAUGAGCAGUUAUUUUCACGAUGACUUGUUUUUAUUGGAUUUCGACAAAGCCAGAUGGCAUGCUUUCACCUUCUGUGUUGAGAAAAAUCCGGACUCUCGUUAUCCAGCUAGUUCCGUUUCCAAAUCUAUGGAUAUUUCAAAUGAAACUGCCGGCGGCUCAGCCUGUGAUUUUUUAUCAAAUGGUAUGGUUAAGAUUGCUGUCGAAGAAUCCCGGGCAAAACCCCUCCAACAGAAAGUUUGUAAGAGCACAAAUCCUUCUCCUAGAGCUAGUGCGGGUAUGGCCCUGAUCGGUUCCACUUUGUAUCUGUAUGGUGGAGUUUUCGAAGUUGGUAAUAGAAAAGUAACCUUGGAUGAUUUCUACAAACUGGACAUAAGUCAUCCAGUUUCUUGGGAGUGUUUGUAUCCCGGAACUCAAGAAAAUCAGGAAUGGUAUGAAAGUGAGUCGGAUGAUGACGAUGUUGAAGAAGAAGCAGAAGAUGAUGAUGAUACUGGCGACUCGUCAGAGUCUGAAACAAUGGAGGUUGAUGGUGAAAGUUCAGAUGACAGUGAAGACAGUAUUAUCGAGGGUGCCCCAACUCCGGAGAAAUUCGAAACGUUCUCAGCUUACUGGAAACGUACAACUGAUUUCUGGUGUGAAUUGGUUGUCAAGAGUGUUAAUGCUGAAGUUGGGGAUUCCUCCAAUCCAUGUGACAAAUCUAUAACUGAGAAUCCUAUGGUAACAAAUCUGGCUCGAAAAUUGUCGAAAGAUUUCUAUCAGAGUCACUGCAGAUCUCUUAAGAAAGCAGUUAAAGCGUGUACAUGA